UGUGGCAAUAAGGAGAGGUCAGGCUUCAGAGUCAGCAAGAACUGGAUUUCAAACUGGAUUUGAGGACUCCCACCUUUUGAUAGGUGACUUAUUCUCUGUGAGCCUCUGUUUCUCUCCUCUUUAAAAUGAGAACAGUAAAUCCCACAUGGCAGGGUGGUGGGGAGAAUCAGAGAUCAUACAGCUGGUGAUCACAUCUGGUUUGUGUUCCCAGGGACACCAGAUUAGGGUUUCUGAGCAUGAAUCCAACCAUCCCAGCCUUGGAUACAGAACUGACACCAAUCAACGGAACUGAGGAGACUCCUUGCUAUAAGCGGACCCUGAGCCUCACGGUCCUGACGUGCAUCAUUUCCCUUGUCAGGCUGACAGGAAACGCAGUUGUGCUCUGGCUCCUGGGCUUCUGCAUGAGCAGGAACGCCUUCUCCAUCUACAUCCUCAACCUGUCCAUGGCCGACUUCCUCUUCCUCAGCGGCAACGUUAUAUGUUCCGCCUCACUCAUCAAUAUCUGUCAUCCCAUCUCCAAAAUCCUCAUUCCUGUGAUGACCUUUCUCUACUUUACAGGCCUGAGCAUGCUGAGCACCAUGAGCACCAAGCGCUGCCUGUCAGUCCUGUGGCCCAUCUGGUACCGCUGCCGCCGCCCCACACACCUGUCAGUAGUCGUGUGUUUCCUGCUAUGGGUCCUGUCCCUGCUGUGGAGCAUCCUGCAGUGGAGGUUCUGUGACUUCCUGCUUAGUGAUCCUGGUUCUCUUUGGUGCCAAACAUCAGAUUUCAUCACAGUCCUGUGGCUGAUUUUUUUAUGUAUGGUUCUCUGUAAGUCCAGCCUGGUCGUGCUGGUCAGGACUCUGUAUCCCAGAAGAUACAUGACCAUCCUGCUCAAAGUGCUGGUCUUCCUACUCUACGGCCUGCCCUUCAGCAUUCAGUGGGCCCUGUCUACUGGGAUUCACCUGGAUUUGGAAGGCAUUUUCUGUCAUGUCCAUCUAGUUUCCAUUUUCCUGUCCUCUCUAAACAGUAGUGCCAACCCCAUCAUUUACGUCUUCGUGGGCUCCUUUAGGCAGCGUCAAAAUAGGCAGAACCUGAAGCUGGUUCUCCAGAGGGCUCUGCAGGACACGCCUGAGGUAGAUGAAGGUGGACGGCGUCUUCCUCAGGAAACCCUGGAGCUGUGGGGAAGCCGAUUGGAGCAGUGAGGAAGAGCCUCUGCCCUGUCAGUCAGGCAGGACUUUGAGAGCAACACUGUCCUGCCACCCUUGACAAUUACAUGUGUUUUCUUA